GCAUUUACUGUCCAUUUUUUCCAGAGCUGACAGCAAAGGCUGACAUUUCCCCUGUAUAAAUGCUGAAUUCUCGUGCAGCUAUGAUUCUGAUCUGCUUGCAGGUGCGGGUAGUCUGUUUCAUUAUGCACCAAGGGUUUUGUUAGGGAGGAGCCAAAUCCUUGAGCUCAGGUGUAAUUCUUUGGCAUAUAUGCUCCACCUUAAUCUCACUGACUCUUGCUACAGGAUUUUUGAGCUGCUAAGCACACAGAGAGGAAGUUACUUGGGCUCUUCUGCUUUGAGAACCAACUCAAUAAAAAUGGACUGAAAAGCUGAGCUUCUUCACAGCAAAGCAUGACAGUGGGAGAGGAACCAUGGACAUGGUAAUGGACAUGGAAAGAACUGAGGACUUCAAGGCACUGAGAGCAAAGUUCCAAAGUGACUCAAACUUUUCCAAUGCAUUGCUACCUCCUACGAAGAAGCCUCCUGUAGUAAUUAGACCAUGGCAAAGUUCCAAUAGCAGUUCUUCACCCUCUCCCAAACCCAAGCCCUUGAGCCUCAAACAAGUUCCAGAAAUCAUUCCACGGCAAAGUAGUGAUGGCAGUUCUGUGUCUUGCCCCAAACCAUUGCGACAGGUACAUGUUCCAGUUCCUGAGCAAAAGAUGGACAAAUUCACCUACAUAUCACAGCAAUCUGAAAUAACACCAUCCAAGCCAAGGGCAUUGCCAAGGGUCAGGCUACGGGAAUUAUCUGAAGUAAGGAAGAACAAUGAUAGGAAAGAUGCAGAGUUUCCAGGGAUGCUUGGUAAAGGAGCUAUGCCUGUGGCAGACCUGCAAAAACAGCGCCCAGCAUCUUGUGUUUACCCUCAAGAAAUGGUGCUGGCAAAUACUACUUUCCACAACACUUGUCAAAUUUGGGAAAGUGUUUCAUCACUGAAGAGUGAACAAAGGUCUUCCACAGCACCACCACAGUGUCCAGUUAGGACGACCUCUUUGGCAGAUCUUAGAACUGUUAAUGAUGUCAUUGAUGUUGCAAAAGAUAAAGCAAAAAAUGCUGAAAAUGAGCAAGCACCAAAGAACCCUUUCCAAUGUGAACCAACUCCAUUUUCCAUUGCCUCACCUCCAGUUCCACCAAGGAGUCAUAUGAAUGUAGAAAAAGUAGCCUGUGAAGCUGUAAAACCUAUUGAUUUCUCCCCCAAUAUUAAGGACUUAAACAAGGCAAGCAUGACCAUGGAAUGUUCAAAUGUAUGGCAUUCUCCUUUUAACUCUGGUGAAGAAGAAGGACAUCAUUGUGAAGAGAUCAAGCUUCCAAAAACCAAAUCACUACCAUCCAUUAUAUCACCUGAUACAGAAAGACAGCAUGGUGUAGGAGAGACUGAACUUCCAAAAACCAAACAGCUUCCAUCCAUUAAGUCACUUGGCCCUCCUCCAAAAAAACCUCCAAGGCCACCCAAGGUGGACUUUAGUAUCUUCCAGAUGAACCUUCUGGAGGCUGUUGAUGAUGCAUACAUGACACCUGAAAUCACUGAAAAAAAGGAUACAAAAGAAAGAGGACCACUCUGGAAUCAUGACAUACCGAAACAACAUAGUAAAGAAAUAGCCAAGAUUAGAGAUCAUGGCACUAUCCUCACAAAGCCAAAAAUGAAUGGAGAACAUACAAGUGAGAAGCAGAUGCCUCAAGAGGAAACCACACAGUCUUUCCCUGGAACAAGGCUAAGAAAAAAUUUUUCAGAUGGUUAUGUGUGCCUGGAAAACUUGAGAGCAGAUGAAAAGAAAGCAAGCCUGGGUCAAACAGCUCCCAAUCCAGUGGAAGCUAUGGAAGAAGUGUAUGAUGAUGUGGAAGGACUACAAAGAGACAUACAAGCCUGUGAUGCCUACAGCUCAUUCACUUCAGACAUUUUUGCAGAUGAAAGUAAUGAAGAAACCUAUGAGGAUAUUCAGAGUGAAGAUUACAGUUCAACCAAGUCAGAGGACAGCAAAGGAGAAAAAGCAAAGAGGCUUGGAAAAUUUUUCAGGAAAGGAAAAUUCAAAAUAAAAAAUGCACAUUUGAAGGAAAAUUUCCGCAACCUUUCCCAUUCUGUACCAAACCUCGAUGUUAUAGCCCAGGAAUCCAUGGUGUAUAACAAUGUUGACACAGAACAAACUGAUACAAACUCUUCUCCCAGGAGCUUCUUCAAAGUCAAGAAAUAUAAUGUGGAAAAGAAUAACAAGAUGUCAAAAGAAGAAAAGUUGUUUAGAGAAAAGUUCAUGUAUGAUAAGGAGAUCACAGUAAUUAAUACAGCAGUUGCACACUGCUCAAAUGCUUCAACCAAAGGAAAACUUGACUUGAAGAUCACAGCUGGAGAACAACUUGAAGUCAUUGAUGUUACUGAAGGGAAUCAAUUAAUAUGUCGGAAUUCUGAAGGCAAAUAUGGCUAUGUGCUAUUGGAACACUUGAAUUUCAGGCAUUAGCACUGUGUAUCUGAAGCACCACUGACAUUUCCUAAUGAAGCAAGGAUGCACAAGCUGAAGAUAUACACUAGUAGAAUUAUCUUGGCAUGAGGAAGAAAGCAUCUAAACCAUUGAUGGUAAACUGAAUGCUAAGUUUGAAUUCUUUAGCGAGUGAGUUUUAAUGGCUGCCAAUUGCUUGAACAAUUGCCACAAAAUGAAUAUGAUUUCUUUCCAGAAUGGCCAGCUCAAAGUAGCUUGUUCUUCAAACUCUUGGUAGGCUGCAUGUGGCUUGAUAAAAUCUAAAUGCUGGGAUCCCAAAAGUGCUAUGUGCUGGUAGACUUCUGCACACACAGAUGUUUUACCAGUUGCAAACCUCAAGCACUACUGGAAGAUCAUCCAAUGAUACUGAUUUGCCUUUUGGAUAUGGAGAUGAAUAGUGUAAAAGGUCCCUAUGCAUGUACAGAACUCUCAUUGGUUGUUUGAAUUAUGACCAGCAUAAAAACAAUUCUUAUGCAAAAUAGUAUGCAUAUUCUUGGUACAGUGUAUGUGUGUGUUAUAUAUGUGUGUGAGAGGAAGAGUGAGAAUAAAUGCUAGCACAAUUAGAAAUGUAACACUUGGCAUUUGCACCCAACUCUGUAUGAGGCCUGCACUUUGACACAGUAAUUUUAGAUGUAAAUAAAGCAGAUUGGCAUUUAAUAGUAGAUGCCUUUCUUCUCUUGAUACCUGUACUUCCUAUGUAAAAUUGCAGCUGACUUUACAUAAAUGACCUAAGCAUGUAAUCUGUAAUAUAUAUAUCUUGAUUUGCCAUUUUAUUUGUAUAAUCAGUGGCUAACUUUAAAAUGAAAUAGAAACUGCUAACAGAACAAAUUCACCUUCCUAUUUGCUUCCCAAUCCAAAUCUGUUUUAGAAUACUGGGGACAUCCGGGAAGAGAAUAAAGUGCCACUACAUGAACAGAUGUUUACUUGUCCAGUGUUACCCAAAAAAAAUAACUUUCUUUAAAAAAUGAAAGUUUUCUUGCGAUUUUGAGAGCAGAGCUAGUUUCAGACUCAAUGGUACGAUUUCACCAUAGUCUGGCACAUCAUGCUAAACUGUCCAAAGAAGCUUUUGAGUAAUAGUGCACAAAAUAGUAAUUUGAGUCAAGGGCAGGAGUCACUGGGGGAAAAAUGUAAUAUGGAUGAACAGAAAAGAGGCUUGAGCACAAAGCCUAGAAAACCAACUCUUAUCAAGGCUGUAAACAUUAAACUUACUAGUGUUUAUGUCUGCUCCAUGACAUGCUGGUAUUUUACCUUAAAAACGAUACUU